AUGAAUCUUGUAAUUGCAAUUUAUACACAAGGUACAAUAAAAACACUGGCUUAUUACCCCAAAAAAAUCGACCGAUUCAAGAACAAUCUCAAUCUCAAACAGAGAAAUCUCAAAAUGGCACAACACGGAACAAAAGCAGAGAGCUGUAAGAUCGGCAAACUAGGUGUAAUUUUCCUAGCUGAGGAAAUUCGCACGCGAGCAAAUAGUCGAUUGACUAUGGCGCGGAAGCCCGCAAGAGUCGAGGAGUGGCUUCCUGUCUGGAGAUCGAUCCUGGAUUUCGGGGAUGGCGGCGUUUCCACUCGCCGGCUGGGAAUAUCCUGGACACAGCCUGGGAAUAUCCUGUCAGAACUCUCGCAUUCCGGAUCGCCGAGUCGGAGUUAUGAAAUACCGAAGUGGAAACGCUCGAGCUGCCACGAGAGCACCAAGAUCAUCCAGUGCUGGCACGAACAACCUGCCACCGUUGAUGUUCCAUCAUGUUCACGGUGAGAAUAUCAGACUCUGCAAUGGCGGAACCAUCGCCAGAAGAUACGAAAGCUUCUGCAGGGGCAUCACGUUCAGCGCCCGACCUGUUCGCGUUGGCGAAAAGGUCUGUGUGAAAUUCCUCGAGAUCUCGGACAACUGGAGCGGCGUGAUCCGGUUCGGUUUCACCAGCAACGACCCGAUCAACCUGCGAAAUGGCCUGCCAAGGUACGCUUGUCCGGACCUGACGAACAAACCCGGCUACUGGGCGAAGGCCAUGGCCGAGAGGUUCGCCGAAAGGGAUACCGUGCUCUUCUAUUACGUCACUUCCGCCGGAGACGUGCAUUUCGGCGUGAAUGGCGAGGAGAAGGGCGUGUUCUUCAGCGGCGUGGAGACACGGGGCCCUUUGUGGGCCAUCAUCGACGUGUACGGCAACAGCACCGCCAUCGAGUUCGUCGAUCCUAACAGGCAACACUUCAACAACAUCAGGAGAGGCACCGAGCACAGCAACGAAGAUAACGCGCAACACAGCAGGCACUCGGCCAUGGACGACGCGAGCAACGCGAGCAGAGACGUCGAGAGGAUCAUCGUUCCGUCCAUGCAGGGCAUUUCCAUCCAUCACGAGCCCGAUGUCGAGCUACCUGGACUCAGGUUUCAGCCGGCCGGUGUCAUCUUCACGCCGCUGCCCUUCCACUCAACCCGAGGCAGGAACAUCCGCUUCAGUAACCAGCAGUGCGUGGCGACGCGGACCGACACGGAAUUCUGUCACGGCUAUGCGUUCACAAGCCAGCCGCUGCUACUGGGCGAGCGAUUGGUCGUGCAGAUCCUCGCCACAGAACCCAUGUACGUCGGUGCUCUGGCUCUGGGUCUCACUUCUUGCGACCCAGCUCGACUAACGCCUGAAGACCUACCUGACGAUAGCGAUCUGUUGCUGGAUCGUCCCGAGUACUGGGUAGUCUCGAAGGAUGUCGCGUCGAGUCCUCAGCCUGGCGACGAGAUAGCCUUCACGGUGACUCACUUCGGUGAGGUUCAGAUGAGCAAGAACGGCGGGCCGCCAAACGUGGUGAUGCACGUGGACCAGAGCCUUCAAUUGUGGGCGUUCUUCGACGUGUACGGUAGCACGCAACCCACGGAACUGUCCAGAUUUUCCGAGAUGGUUCAGUUCAAACCAGCCAUCGGUGGGGGCACCGUGCUGGUGGUGAACCUUCCCCCUCAGACUGGUUAUGUUACACCGUCCUCGUCAACGCCACAGCCUACGUACGUCUCUGCUGGGCACAGGAAUCAACACGUGCACCUUCCAGCGGUCACAGCUACGUCGUCCACAGCGUCCACGUCGCACCCCGGAUCUUCCAGACAGUCCUCGCCGCCUCUAACAGGCACCAUGGCCAGUACAGGCUCGUCCACGUACGUGGAACCAGUGAAUUAUCAAAGUCUCGACGGCACGCUUACCUCCCAGGCGUCCUCCCACUUGCAGCAAUGGAGCGAGGGCCUGCAACCUACGCCCGGGCAACCGAACGAGUGCUCGGUCUGCUACGAAAGAAGCAUCGACAGCGUGCUGUACAUGUGCGGUCACAUGUGCAUGUGCUACCCUUGCGCGAUCCAGCAGUGGUGCGGCAAGGGUGGCGGACACUGCCCACUCUGCAGAGCGACCAUUAGGGACGUGAUCCGUAUCUAUAGAUCCUGA